AUGGACACUUCUGCUUUUAGCCUCCCCACACCGGCAGUGUUGGAGGAGGGGAAUGCCUCCAGUAGCUGGGCAGGCUUCACUACCCCCAACAGCUCCUCCGCUGUCAGCCCUGGUGUAGUGGUCAGCGGUGUCCUCAUCCCCGUGGUCUAUCUCAUUGUCUGUGUGGUGGGGUUGGCUGGGAAUUCCCUGGUCAUUUAUGUGGUCCUGCGGCAUUCCGUGAGCGAGUCGGUGACCAACGUGUACAUCUUGAACCUGGCCCUGGCUGAUGAGCUCUUCAUGCUGGGCCUGCCUUUCCUGGCUGCACAAAAUGCCCUGUCCUACUGGCCGUUUGGUUCUUUCAUGUGCCGCCUGGUGAUGGCCGUGGAUGCCAUCAACCAGUUCACCAGCAUCUUCUGCCUGACGGUGAUGAGCAUUGACCGCUACCUGGCCGUGGUCCACCCAGGGAAGUCCUCCAAAUGGAGGACAGCACGGGUGGCCAAGGCCGUGAGUGUAACCAUGUGGGUGCUGUCUUCCAUAGUGGUGCUGCCCGUGGUUGUCUUCUCAGAUGUCCCUUUAGGGAUGAGUACAUGCCACAUCCAGUGGCCAGAGCCUGCCUCGGUGUGGAGAGCUGGCUUCAUUGUCUACACUGCUACCCUGGGCUUCUUUGGACCACUGCUGGUGAUUUGUCUCUGCUAUCUCCUGAUUGUUGUAAAGGUUCGCUCCUCUGGCAGGCGGGUGAGGGCUCUGUCCUCCAAGCACAAGCUGUCAGAGCGUAGAGUGACCCGCAUGGUGGUGACUGUGGUGGCUGUCUUCAUCCUUUGCUGGCUCCCCUUCUACGUCCUCAACAUAAUCAACGUUGUCUGCCCGCUGCCAGAGGAGCCGUCCCUCUUUGGAGUCUACUUCCUUGUGGUGGUGCUGCCAUACGCCAACAGCUGCGCCAAUCCCAUCAUCUAUGGCUUCCUCUCCUACCGCUUCAAGCAGGGCUUCCGCAGGGCCAUUUUCAGGCCGUCCCGCCGAGUCCAGAGCCAGGAAGUGCCAGCAUGCCCCCCAGAGAAGAUUGAUGACGAAAGGGAAGAGGGUGAGAUCAGCAAGAUCACCCAGAAUGGAAAUGACAGGCAGGAGCACCCUCUAAGCAGUGGAGAAGGAAAAAGCAAUGAGCAAAAACCUCUCCCUGAGGAGCCUGCAGGGUGCGAAAAGAGGAACAAGUUGCAUGUCAGUUAUUUAUGA